AGCUGUAGGGGUCCGGAUGGCCAUAUCCUACGCCUAGAUUGUUUUUUAAUUAUUUUUAACAACAAAAAAGUCUCGGCGGAUGCGUAGGCAGCGAUUGGCAAACAGCAGCUUAGAAUUGUGUGAGGUGAAAUAGUCAGUGACUCUAAUAGCCGUAAGUCGUGUGAUGAUGAGUUUAAGCUCAAUUGAAACUGUUGCGGAAAAGUAUUUCCAUUCUUUGAAUCCUAUUGCUGAGAGAAUUUGUAUUGAUGUUGCGACUACAAGAGAUGCGUAUGAAAAUCUGUGGCAUACUUUAAGUUACAAGGACCAAAGUCAGGUUGUUGAUGAAACUAUUAUUCAUCCCGAAGCAGUUCUGAAGUACUCGUUCUAUCCUCGAGAUGAACCAGAAUUUAAAUACUACCCGUGUCUACAGCUUCAGACAGGAGACAAGUUGAUUACUGAUUACGAGGGUGGUAAGGGCUCGGAUUUGGCAUGGCGUGAUGAGCAUUCUGCACCAUUUACAUGGAUGACACAAAGCCAGUUGAAUCUCUGCGUUAUAGAUGAGGCUGAACCCGUGAGAAAAUAUCAGAAUACCACACCAAAUACUCCUGUAACAAAUCAACAGAAAACUUCCCCACAUAAAAAGAUUAAUGCUCAACAAACUAGUGUGUCAUUUAUUGAUCCACCAAAUGUUGUUUUGGGUGGAUCAUCUUCCAAAUUAGUCGGUGCAAUAAGCUCAAAACUAAAAUUUCCACCGAAGUCUGGAACUGGGGAAGAUAAUUUGUUAACAAAGAUAAAAAACAAGACAGCUGUAUUAAGAAUACAAAGUUCAAAAUCAACUGCGAUCAAAACAAAUGGAGACAAUUCUGUUAAUGGGCCUGAAAGAGAAAUUUUAGUUCAAUCAAAGUAUAGUUGCUCUGUAAUACCUAGCUCAAAGCUUCCUAAACCAGGAGGAGGAAAGUCUGUAAUAUCAAAACCCAAAACUCCCCCUCCUCCUCCACCUUGUAAGCAGAAACCUCUCAUUCCCAGUCCCCAAACUGAUUCUGAGGAAAGGGCUCUCUUACAAGAGAGUCCUGCAGAUGAGCUUGGUCAUCAGUCACAAAAAUGUGAUUAUGAUGUCACAUGUUCAGGUGGAAGUCUUGACAGCCUUGAUAAGUUUCAUGUUGAGUUAAAAAUUCCAUCCACAAGUGAUACAGUUCCAAAAACUGGAUUUGAUUUUCUUGAUAACUGGUAAUAUUCAGUUGUUUAGCCGGAGUAUUUUGUUAACUCCCAGUAAGGUUGUCUUUUUUAUGUGAGGAUUUGCAAGUUAUAUGGCUAAACUCGAGCAGGUCACAAAUGAACCCUAUUCAUGAAUGUGUGUCAGAAACUGAUAGCUUUUGGGCACUGCUGGCUCUACUAUUAUUUCAGUUGGCUUAUUGUAUUCAGUAUAUGAGACAGGACUUCUGGAUUGGACAGAAUCAGGGCUUAUCUUAUAAAUUAGGUGGAAAUAUUGGGCAGCUAGUUUUAUCAGAGACAGAGUCCAUGCCUUAAUUGACAGGUUAAAUAAGGUAAGUAUUGCUAGGCAGCUGGUAAUAUUUUUCACAAACAUAUCCAUGUGGCUAUACAUAGGGGAUAUAUUACAAAGCAUUAAUUUGGUGCAUCUAAAGACAGUUGCAGGAAACAUAAUUUUGUAGAUGUAGGCUGUGUAUACUGGUUUGGCAGCUAAUGGAACUGCUUUGGCAAGUGAAUAUUUCAUAUAAUAGUAAUUUGGACAGAAUCACUUUUAUCAUUUUGUUGCCAUAAGUGUCAACUAUAUAUUUUCUAUACCAAAGUAGAUUUAUGUGGUUUGAGUAAAAUGUGUUAAUGUAUAGGCUCUUUGCAGACUGAAUCUAUUUGUUUUGGUUAGUGUUUACUUGUUGCACAAUUGAGGAUAUUGAAGGUAACAAUUACUAUGAUGUACUUCUUCUAUGCAGUAUGAUCAUAUAUGAUCAUGGUUCUGAGAUAAUUAGGAAAAUUUGACUCUUGUAUUUGUAUAUUGAUACCAAAUAUAUUGUCUCCGAAAUGUGUGUUUUAAAUAAAAACAAGAUGAAUAAUGCCCAGAAACAUAAUAA